AAUGAUGCACUAUGGGAUUGCAGAACAUUGACAUAGCAACCAGGCGACAGAGCCACCAGGACUGGUUCUUUCUCUGAAUUAGCUACUUUUUACGUUAUUUUACUACGUUUAAGCUCCUUAGCUUUACUUUUCGACGGCUGCCAUGAAUGCGACAGUGGUAAAAAAGACCCAGGACACGCUGGGCAAAGUAAUAAAGAAACCGCCUCUCACGGAGAAACUGCUAAGCAAGCCGCCGUUUCGAUACCUUCACGACAUCUUCAGUGAGAUCAUCAGAACCACUGGUUUUAUGAAAGGAUUGUAUGGAGAAAAUGAUAUGAAGUCAGAUAAUGUUAAGGAUAAGGACUCUAAAAUAGCCUUCCUCCAGAAAGCGAUAGAUGUUGUGAUGCUGGUGAGUGGCGAGCCCCUGGUGGCAAAGCCAGCACGCAUUGUGGCCGGCCAUGAGCCUGAGAAAACCAAUGAGCUGUUGCAGGCCAUGGCCAAGUGCUGCAUCAAUAAGAUGUCCAGUGAUGAUGCAGUGAAGCGAGUGCUUGCAGGAGAAAAGGUGGACAUAAAGACCAAAGCCAGCACUUCCAGGUCCCAGGACAAGGAAAAUAGGGAGGGACGUGAGCAUCAUCUGGAUAGAGAGGAGAAGAAAAAGAUUACAGAGCGCAGCGGGAGCCGGGACCAAAAGGACCCAGACCAGCCCAAAGAGCAGGAGAGCCGACGCAGAGAUGGGGAGAAAGAGCAUCAGCGUGACAGGGAGCGCUCUGAUAAGCACCACCGCAGGGAACAGGACCACCAUGACAAAGACAAGAGCCGGGAGCGAGACAAGGAUAAAGACAAAGUACGAGUCAAAGAUAGGGACAGUGAGAGGAAACAAGAAAGGGACAAAGACAAAGAUAGAGACAAAGAGAGGGACCAAGAAAGGGACAAAGACAAAGUCAGAGAAAAGACAAGAGAGAGGGAUUCUCGCAGAGACCGGGAAAGAGACAAGGAAAAACGAAGAGACAAAGAGCGGGAGAAAGAUAGGGAGCGACACAAAGAGGGCGAAGAGAGAAAGAAAAGUGGAGAGAGUGGCAACAGCAAGGCCAAAGUAUCAGAGGAACCACAGCAAAAGCCCAACCCUGAGCCGAGCAAAACAGCCAAACAUGUGCCAGCAGAACUAAACCCAGAUUACAAGCCUGCAGAAGCAGUGGAGAACCAGCCUGAUAGUCCAGCUAGAAUACCUCGGCCUUCAUCUGCCAAAGGGCAGAGGCGGAGACCAAAAAUUGGAGGUCAAGAUGAGUCUGACAGUGAAGGAGAGGGAGAUGCUCUGUUAGCCCAGAGACCUUCCCCCCAGGAAAAUGGAGACAUUGCAGGCUCCUCAGUGCCAUCGGACAUGGCCUCCAGCAACAGGAGAAUACCACGGCCCAGCAGCGCUCGGCCAGCACCUCCCAGAGUCAAGAAACAGGAAAGUUACUCUGAUGUGACCCCAGCUGAGAGGCUAUCCAGUGCCAAGCCCUCAGCACCAGUCAUCAUGGAUGGGAAGAUGCUGUCUGAGGAUGAGGAGGAUGAAGAUGAGCAAUUUCUCGUGGAGGUGCCUCCACCUUCAGAUUCUCCUGAGAUGGAUGUGGGGCUAGCACAAGAACUCGACAGUGAAAACAAACAUGGUGGCCUUGUGAAAAAGAUCCUUGAGACCAAGAAAGACUAUGAAUUGUCCCCAUCUUCCCCCAAAUCUAAAGAACAGAACGUGGUGUCUGAAGCAGCACGCAAGAAGGAGCGGGACAUGGUGACCCGGGAGAUAGAUCGGCUGCGCUCAUCCAUCCAGACGGUGUGCCGCAGCACCCUGCCUUUGGGUAAGAUCAUGGACUACAUACAGGAGGACAUGGACGCCAUGCAGGCUGAACUGCGCACCUGGCGGCGGGAGAACAAAGAGCACGCACAGGCGUUGCUGCAGGAGCAGAGAGCAACAGACAAGGCAGUGGAACCUCUUAAAUUAGAACUAGCUGAGCUGGAGCAGCUGAUCAAGGACCAGCAGGACAAGAUUUGUGCUGUAAGGUCCAACAUACUGAAGAAUGAAGAGAAGAUCCAGAAGAUGGUUACUGGAAUCAACUUCUCCGCCAGAACCUGAAGUGAGAAAGGAGGUUGACGAAAUAAAACUUUCCUAAAAUUGCACUGAAGAUUUAGGGAUGAACAGUGUCUCAUUCAGAAUAAUGGUAAGGCCAUUUCUCUGGGAGAUGAUGUGGGGUAGGACCAAACACUGCACUUUUAGGGGGUUUUGUCAGAGAAGGAGAUGGACCCAAACGCGUCAGUUGGAUGUUGGUAAAUAAAAGCUCUAUAUGAUGGCGUUAAGGUCUGACUUUAAUCUAGCAUCUGCUGUGACUAACCGAUAAAUAAAUACAAAAUAUGAUCCUUCUCUGCACACUAACCCCGUCGUUUACCCCUUUUCUUUAAUGGUGCCUUUGUGGAAUGAGCCAGUUCCCAGUUAGCCUAAAUCAUUCUAUUUAAUGCUGGGUUAAUUCAUCAAAAGUCUAAAUAUUUUAAAAUUACCAACAAUUAACAUCAACAUUUCAUUUGCUGUGCACCCGGGAAUCCUUGCACCAAAUUUUAAAACCUGUAUUCUUUAAAAAAUAAAAAUGAAAUAAUUUUAAAAAAUUAAGCUAGCGACCUGGAGCGUGGCACAUUUAGAUUAGUUUUGUUUCAUUGCCUCAGUUGUUAUAUUUCCUGGCUCUGAGGAUUUGGGACUUAGCCACUGCGGUCCACAGGGCAUGCAGUUUGAUUCGAAUAGAAAGCAGGAUGUGAUCUGAUUCAUUUGCUGUUUUCAACUACGAUUAUUACAUCUACUAUAGUGCUAUUGGACUAGGACUAAAAUCCAAAACUCAGUUUAUCCGUACGUUAUUUUUCACUGUCCCAUUUUUGAAGCACUGCUGCACUUUGAUAAGACUGAUUGGUUAGUGGAGGUGUGCCUUCAGUGGCAGUGUUUCCAUUCUUUCUUCUGUCUCGCAUACCCAUCUUAUAAAACAUAGGCACACUCAUUUAAGUUACGUUGAGGGAAACGUAAGCGUUUAUCCUUUCUCCCUGCAGUCAGUGAGCAAACAGAACAGCUGCCAUCAGGGAGGUCCCUCUGCUCUAUUUAUACUAUAGGAUUUGCCAAACUGUUUCUUCUUUUGGAAUGGAGACAAAGUUUUGGCCAGAUGGCAGCUUUUUGUAAGAACCUUCAAUUCUUUAUAAAUUAAAUUAAAAUAAAGAAUACAAAACUAUUUUACUAGCUCCUUUUGUGACUUUCAAAAAUGUGCUGUGCACAUGUAGUUAAU